GCAUGCUGGUGUUAUGACCUUAAACACACUAACAUUUACAGAGGUAGGGUUAUUUGCACGUCAUUCCUCCUAACUACAUCGCUCAUACAGUAGGCGGGAAUACUCCUAGCUGACUCACAUAUUUCUACGCCCAGCUAACGGGACAGAUCGACAGACAGCAAAGAGAACGCUCACUUCACCUGAUCCCCAGAGAAUAUGCCGUGGCAGCCACCGCCAACCGAGAAGUGCACCGUAUGUGCGAAGUCGGUGUACGCAGCCGAGAGGCUGGAAGCUGGCAAAAAAAUAUUUCACAAACUUUGCUUCAAGUGUGCUGUUUGCAGAAUGACAUUAACAGUUCAAAAUUACCAUCAGUCGGACGGCGUCCUUUUCUGCAAGAAACAUUUCCAGGAAAAUGUGGUGCAUCCAAACACUCAGGUGGUCAGCUAGUCUGAGAACGGCGCACGUGAUUACAAAAGAACGAGGAACUGUAGCAUAAUCUGAUAUGCACUUCAACUGAGUAAUUGAUAUUAGCAAGAACCCAGUAUAUUGGAGCAAUAUUGCUGAUAGAAGCAGAGACCAAUUUCCUGGUGCUUUAGAUUAGUGCAUUUAUACAUUAAAUAAUCAAAACAAAGUCUGAGAUUAUGCAUGAUAUGCAAUUAUGUUGUUUACCUGAGUUGAGAAAUUACAUACUGUUUUAAAACUCUUAACGAUCCAAACGUGCCCUUUACAGCUUGAACUAGGAGUGACGAGGUCGGUCUGAGGAUGGCAUAAAUCGGCAAAACAUGUCAAAACUGCAUAAGGCGCAGCUGGCAGCGUGCACAUUUCAUGGCUUGGCAUUUUAAAUCGUAUUCGAAAGGCAUGUAUGUAUCGAAAAUAAGUCACCGUCUUCUUUGACGGAUGAUCAGAUACCAACCUCCAAUUUCUUCGAAAUAUGAAAAGAUAAAUGAUACGUAGACUACGUAGAUAUUACUGACGGACUCAGGAUAAUGUUGGCGCGAUUUUGUACGCCCACCACACUACCCACCUAGGAAACAUUCGAAAACUGUUGCGAUUUGAAGCAAUUAAAUAUUUUACAUUACAGCACAGUACACUAAAGUAUUGUACAGUAGACCUCACAUAGCACCGACAGAGGGCCUAAACCAGACGUACCUGUAUCAUGCGGUACUAUGAGAUACAUGUAGCCCUAUAUCCCAUCGAUUUGUAAAGGGUGUCUCUCACACGCCUCCCCAUGCGUCGUCCCUGCGGGGGUACAGUCAUUAAAUCUCGGCUCCAUUGGGACGACA